AUGCUUGCUAGGGCAAAGAAAGCGCUGCGAGCCAAACACCGCGGCUCCUCGUCCUCCCGUCGCCCUCGAACCCCAGAACGACGUCGACCUCGAAAGGCCGCCAUCCCCUUCCUCGCCGAGCUCAAAUCCAUCUCCGACCCCGCCGCCGCCCUCCGCCACCUCCUCUCCGCCUCCCCCCGCUUCCACGACUACCCGGCCUGCGCCGCCCUCGUCUACCGCCUCGCCCGCGCCCGCCUCUUCUCCCACCUCGACUCCCUCCUCCAUUUCCUCCGAUCCCAACAAAUCCCCUGCAAAGAACCCCUCUUCAACUCCCUCAUCCACCAUUUCGGUAGAGCCCGCCUCCCCGACCGAGCCCUCCGCCUCUUCCUAGACCUCCCCUCCUUCAACUGCCCCUCCGCCCCCUCCCUCCAGACCUUCAAUUUCCUUCUCAAUUCCCUCGUCGAUAAUGACCGCCUCGAAGAUGCCCGGGGAUUGCUCGACCGGUGCUCCCACUUCUACGUAUGCCCGAAUACCGUCUCUUACAACAUAAUUCUCAAGGGUAGCUGCUGCGAAAAGGAUGGACUCCAAGAAGCCCGUCGAGUGUUCGACGAAAUGGUCAAGAGAGGGGUGAGACCGUCGGUUGUCACUUACAAUAUACUCAUUGGGUUUCUGACCAGGUAUGGGGACGUGAACAUGGGUUUGAGAUUGAAAGAGGAGAUGAGUGAGAAGGGGAUGCACGCGAAUGCGGUCACCUAUGCAUUGCUCAUGGAAGGAUUGUGCUUGGAGGGGAAGUAUGAUGCUGCGAAGAAGAUGAUGCUCGACAUGGAGUACCAGGGUUGCAAGACUAAGGUCGUGAAUUAUGGGGUUUUGAUGAGCGAUCGCACAAGGAGAGGAGAUUUCCAAGGAGUAGAAGAGUUGCUCGCCGAGAUGAAGAGGAGGAAGAUCAAACCGGACGUUGCGAUCUAUAACAUUUCGAUCGGCUACUUGUGUGUCGAAGGGAGAGUCGAUGAGGCUUAUAAGGUAUUGGUGGACAUGCAGAUGAAAGGAUGCGAGCCCGGUGCGGCGACGUAUCGGAUGAUGCUUGAUGGGUUUUGUAGGGUGAAGGAGUUCGAGAAGGCGCUGCGAGUUCUAAGCGCGAUGCUGGCGAGCAGGCAUUGCCCGAGGGCGCAGAGCUUCAGGUGCUUGGUAAUGGGGCUCUGCGAGGGUGGGAGGGUGGAGGAUGUUUGUUUUGUUUUGGAGGAGAUGGGGAAGAGGAAGGUGGGGUUGGAUGGGGAAGGAUGGUGUGUUUUGGUUGAGGCUGUCUGUGGGAGCCGUGGGAGUGGGAAAGAGCUUUUAAAUGAGUUAACCUGUGAAAAGUUUGUGCAGAACUGGGAGGGAGAAGUGUAG